GGGGACCCCGCGCGCGCGCGGUGACGUAUCGUUGGUGUAGCGAGGGUUUCCCUGGGCGCGCGGGGUAAACACGCGUGACGCGCGCGCGAGGGGGAGGGGCGGGUGGGGGUGGGGGGGAGUCACGCGCCGCGUAUAUAAAAGGGUGACGCAAGGGGCGCGCGCUCCACAUCCGAAAGCCGGCAGCAGUUCGCGUUGCGCCGCCGCCGCCGCCGCCGCUGAUGAUGAUGAUGAACCACAUCGCGGCUUCUCGCCUCUCGCUCUGAGUCUCUCGUUUGCUAUCGCCAGGACCAUUCUGAUCGAUUUGCCAGACUCUAUUUUCUAGAGUUUAUUAUACGUCCCUCGAUUUAGUCGUCGUCCUACCAAGCCUCUCUGUCGUCGGCGGCCGCAGGCAACCGAAGGCUUUCUUCGCUCCAACGAGAAGUUUUACGGGGAUUGUUACAUCGGCCCAAGCAGACAGAGAGGCUGCUGCCGUGCGUCCUGCUCUGCCUGACCAUGCUGAUGAUGCUGCAGCCGUUCGGUUUGCACGUGCCCGUGUGCGGGGACGGCGCGCUGGCCGGCCGGCCCUGCACCUCGCCUGAUGCUGCCUUCGGCGUGGACGACAUCGCCGGACUAUUCACGGGACCAGUGCUUCAUUUCUCCACGAGUGGCGAGUCCACGCUAUCCCAUCUUCCUCAUUCUCAUCACCAGCAGCACCACCAGCAACAGCACCAUCAGCAGUUCAACGGUAGCUACAGCACGAACAGCGGCACCACAGGUGCAGCAGCAUCAGACUCCGUGCCGUACACCGCCACGUACGGACAGCUGAGUCCAGUUGGGAGCCUUUCGUAUUACGGGCAACUGUCUGUCGGAGAUGUACGGGACGUGGAGCCGAUGUCCCCACAGAGCCCCGUCGACUUCAAGAAGCCUGGCAAAAGCAAGGGUCUCGCGAAUGAGGACGAUCGGAAGAAGCGGCGGCGGGAGAGGAACAAAAUCGCGGCUGCGAAAUGCCGCAGUAAAAAGAAGGAAAAGACGGAGACAUUGGCUCAGGAGUCGCAGCGAUUGGAAGGUUACAACUCGAACCUGCGGUCGCAGUUCGAAGCGAUGCUCGGGGAGAAGCAGCGCCUGGUGCAGCUCAUCAACAUGCACCGGCCAUCAUGCAUUGUGCAUGCAAGCAGCACGUCCCCUGGCGUUGAGCCAACGCACCACAGCAAUGCUCCGUGACAACGCCACACCAUGCGGCCACGAGAAGAUGCCGUGGGACAAAACAGAGACUCGAGACAAUAAUGGCUAAAUUGCAAUUUUGAAAUUAGGGGAAAUGGAACUUAAGCCAACAUUUUUGAACAGGAAAAAGAAAAGGGUCCUCUUCCUCUUUGCCUUUACAAGAAUAAUUAUCAGCAGCUACUCUCCAUUGUGCCCUGAUGCAAAGUGUGGCACUGAAAUGGCAUUGGGGAGUGUAUCAACCCAAUUUAAUCCCUGCUUUGGACUGUUAAAUUGCCUCUGGCCAAUACUACACCCACUGCUAACCCGGCGUCAACAUAUUAAUAUUUGACACCACGAUUCUGUGAAAAGCUGUGUGGUGUUGACCUAUCGCAGAAGUGAAGAAGAAAAAAAGAAGACAACUAUGAAAUUUAGCUGAAAAGCAAAGUCCAAUUUGUCGAAAUGUAGAAAGAACUCUGCUUUGUGAAGAAGCAAUCCAGCCAUGAGAAUUUGCACUAAUUAUGAUUUCACACAGUUAUCGUGCUCCGUCAAGAAUGUAGUGCUGCGUGCAUACUGUAGCCGUAGGUUGUUUCCUGUUUGUGGUGUCUUGUUCAUCAAGCUGCCAUGUGUGCGGAUUUCAAAACGUCACAAGUACCAAGAAGCCCUCUACUUUAUCUGUCCGUCUUAAUAGACUUUGCCCAAUUAAACGGGAAAAUGCAUUUAGAAAUCGAGAAACACGCAGCACAUCACACACCUGUAUUCAGCUAAGAAUGUAUGCGCUAAAGCCAAUUGAAAGGUUUUUAUUCUAAACUUUUUUAAAAUACAUGACCUUGGCUAAUGUUUAAGUAUUACAUAUAGGUGUUUCAUAAUUGUGUACAGUAUUAAGUCUAGACAUUGUCAGAUUUGUAUAACAUGGCAUGCAUAGCAUUCUAUUGAAACAAACAUAGGAUUGUUUAUGGCUAUACAUUUUUUUAUCGUUAAUUUGUCAAUUACAUUCACUAUUACAUUUUGUAUCAAAAGAAAUAGCAUUGUAUACGCCGCCAACGAGUCAACGUACUUAUUCACAUUGUUACACAAUAGGUACUGCAUUUAAUGUAUAUAUAAAUACGUCAAAAAUAUAUACUUUUUAAAAUAUAGCUACGUUUGGUGUUUGUGUCGUUGAUUUAAAUAGUGGCACUUUUAAAGAUGGUGUUUUUUUUAUUAUAAAUAUAAAAGACAUUGACAUAUAUGCGAAAUGCUAUUAGACAUUUCCUGCACAGAGGAAAUGUGUCGGACAUUAUGUACAGCAUACCAUAUUCUUCGGAUUAUCAGAUGCACAAUUCCCCCUUGUGGUUUUUUUAAACCAAAGUUAAUAUCUAGAAGGUGGUUGUGUGACCAAUUUUGUAUGAUUAUUUUGACAAUGGGCACACAUGUGGGGUGCAUCUUACUUUUCAGAGCAUCUAAUAAUCCGGAUAAUACACCUUUUAUUAAUUUAUGCGUUCCGAUGAAAUGAGAGCAGGGGGAGAAAGUGAAUGACAGUGACAUUUAAAAUUAGAAGUCGUUAUUGCCUGUCUGUUCAGUUUGUCAUAAAAUAUCAUUACAUUUGGUGAUGGUUAUUGCAGUGGCAACAGUAUUGGCAGCACAUGAUUAGAACAAUGGAUAAAAUAAAACCAACAGCACGUUAUAUUUUUCAAUGGGAACGUCAUGCAUAAUAUGGGCAGGAGUAUGCUAUAUGCCAAUAGUCCCCUCGGUGUAGUCUACUUGUGGUUUGCAAAGCAUUGUGGUCUGUGGAACGGUUGCAGAUAGAUUUUGUUCUCUCACAAAAAAUUGUUUUUUACUGAAUGGUGGUCCACGAACAGUUUUUGAGGAACAACAGUGGUCUGGCGGGGUCCAGAAAGGUUGGCAACCACUGCCAUAUGCAUGAUGUAUGAGCAUCCAUACAAAUAAAUGCUGAGUGUGGGGUGGUACAUGCCUGCAAUGGAGCACUUUGGAGGCAUGGUUUGGUGAAUUUGCAUACGGUAUUUGUGAAACUCUAAAACCCACUUGGACUGCGAGGAGACCAGCAUAUGGCAGUAUAACAAGUAGUUCCAUAAAACAAUAUCUCCGGAUCUUUGAACGUUUGUGGGGUUUCUCAAUAUACUGCGGUUUCUUUCCGAACAUGUGAAACGCUACUUAAAAAGGAUCAGCUCAAACAUCAGUGCAAGAAGACCCUUGUGAAAACCUUAAAUAUAGGACAUUACAAACUCCAGUCUUACAGUUGUUACAGUUCAUUGUUAUGUAUGUUGAACUUCUUUCACACCGUAUUUAGCCAACUGUCGUAAUUGGAGGUGCGGGGAAGGACAACAAACUAAAUACAAAAACUACUCAAUAAAUUAUUUUCAGUCUAGAUUUAAAAGCGCAUAGCUCUAAUGGCUUCCGAAUAUCGGAAAGAAGAGCAUUCCAGACGGCCUCGAAGUGCAUCUGAAAGCUCGCGAUGCAGUGACCGUCUUUGUUCGAUGGUUAUCCUAAAGCCGCUGCAAGGAUGACCGGAGUUCGCUUGAUGGUUUAUACUCCUUAACGAGAUCAGCAAGGUAUUGUUGUUCAUUUGUGAAAAUGCACUUUAUGUGUAAUGAGUACGACCUUCUGCCAGGUCUGCUCAUUCUGACAUCCUUGUCUCUAACUAUCUUCACGCACCCUCCCAUGCCACCCUCCACAUGUGUCCGAAUCAUUCCCUGUGGGUUGAUGAUUGUUUUCAUAAGGGUGAAUGCAUAGUCGUCCACUUUGAUAUUAGCACAAUCAAAACAGAUUGCUGUUCAACUGGUUGAAGGGGUGACGUGCUCCAAAGAGGUUUAUUAAAGCUGAGGAUGAAGGUCACUUUGUUGUGAAGGCCAUCAUUGUCUUGAAAUUUCCAGCUGAGUGACAAUCCCAUGAUGCUUAGGUGGGGCAUUGUAUCUUAAAUAAUUUUGUGUGGUGACAAAUGACAUCUUACUGUGAUGAAAACACAUAGUUUAUACAAAUAAAGGUUACAUGUGCCCCCAGGUUUGUUAUGGAUCCACUUCAGCAUGCUCAUUGCCGGCUGGCACACGCACGUGUACACGCUUCAACAUGAGUAUGAAUGUGACAGCGCCUCUUUAACCACGACCCCUCCCGACAUUGAAGAUGAUAGAUCUUCAAGGCUGCGAGUGUGAUUUGUGUCAGCAAAGACAUGCUUGACGAAGGCCCACUGAGUUCAAGCCGGAACGAAAACUGCUGAGCGGAAACUUUGAGCUGGGGCGCGAAAUUCGAUGUUUUCACCCGGAGCGGACACAGCCCACGCGGCAUGUGGCGACACGUGGAGUUGGUUGAGUCGCUGUCAUCAACAACAACAACAAGGCCGCUGUAGUCGUAACACUUCGUAUUCGAAUAGUGAUCGCAUUGUAUACAAACACCUGCGUUAAACGCACACCCGUGCUAUCAUGCCGGCCCUUGUCGACUGCCAUUGCCACAUGACUGCGGAGGAUUUUGAUGCCGACAUCGCAGAAGUAAUCGAGAAAGCAAAGAAGGCAGGGCUGGUGGCACUUGUGUCUGUUGCGGAGCACCAUGGAGAGUUUGCAAGGAUCUUGGAGUUGUCCGAACGGUUCCCUGGUUUUGUGUUGCCCUGCCUGGGCGUUCACCCGGUGCAGGGAUCUCCCUGCCAACCACGCAGCGCCACCCUGGAGGACCUGAUGUCUGCCCAGCCAGUGAUAGAGCAGCAGUGCGAGCGCUUGAUGGCUGUGGGAGAGGUGGGGCUGGACUUCAGCCCCCGUGUGGCCAAGACGGAGCAGGACAAGCAGGGCCAGAGGGAGGUGCUCUCUCGCCAGGUGGCGCUCGCCCUACGGCUCGACCUGCCCCUGAAUGUGCACUCGAGGUCCGCUGGUAGACCAACUAUUCAACUUCUCAAAGAGCAAGGAGCCCAGAAUGUGUUGCUGCAUGCCUUUGAUGGGAGGCCUUCUGUGGCAAUGGAGGGCGUUCAGGCUGGAUACUUCUUCUCCAUUCCGCCUUCCAUCGUCCGCAGUGAACAGAAGGAGAAACUCGUGAAGCAGUUGCCUCUGGAGUACCUGGUGCUGGAGACAGACUCCCCGGCCCUUGGGCCUAUCAAACAGACAAGAAAUGAACCCAGCAAUAUUGUGGUGUCCUGCGAGUACGUGGCGAGGGUAAAGGGUGUAUCGGUGGAGCAUGUGGCACAGGUCACCACUGCCAAUGCACUGAGGCUUUUUCCAAAACUUACGCGUUACAUUAAGCUCUGUUAGUUACAAAACACCCCCCUCCCUAAAAAAAUACACACUGUGUAAAACAGCAGCCAACUCUUGAUAUUUCUUCAAGCGUGCUCUCAAUGUGUAUUUUUAUCCCCCUUUCUGUGACCACUGACAUUUCUUCGGCCACUGGUUAGUUGAGAAUAUCGAUUAAGUUGUUUUGGAAGCCUGAAGUCGGACAAUGUGAAGAACAUGGUCAUCCCAGUUAAACUGCGCUUCAGUAACGAUUGCUUCAUUACUUGUGCAUAUCAUUAGUGUGUUUGAAACAUUAACUUACAAAUACAUUGAGCGAUGUUUUGUACACACAAUAUAUUUACAUGUUAUUUCGUGACCAUCAGGUUGAUUACUCCAGAAUUAUAAUUAGCAGAGCAGAAUUUCCUUUUAAUGAGAGUGGUGCAAACUGUCACGGUUACACAAUGAAAUUGGCAUGUCUGUUCAUACUACAGCAUGAUCAUGUGCCAGUUUUUUUGCAUGUAAUUUUCGCGUAUGCAGUGCCAAUGAUGCACUUGCAGAGUCCUUAUUUCUCCACCAGUGAGUGGGAACAUUUUGCAAAUCAUGUUACAUGCAUUUAUUUUCAUCCCCUAUCAUUUAUCCACUGCAUAUUCAUGGUCCUGCAAUAUAACAAGCCACCUAGUGCCUGCACAUGAGCUGAUUUCAUCGCUCCAUCUCCGUGGCGCAUGUAUAUUUGGUCCUUCCCUUCGUAGUUACUGCUAACCUUUGGCCAAAAUCCCUUCCAAUGAUGUGUGAUGUCCAAGCCCAUGUUUCCUAACAGGCAACAUGACUUAACAAUCCAUUUACUCUUUUAAGUGUCAGGAUCCACAGACAAGAAAGAAGGCAGCCACGCGAUGCCCAAGCUGUUAUCGACCAAUUAAUGAGUGUUUACAUGUGGGAGGAAACCGGAGCACCCAGAGAAAACCCACGCGCGUGAGGGGGAAACGCUCUAUCCCGUACAGACAGAAGAUGCAGAGUCCACAUGUUUUCUGCCUUCUGGCAAGCCAGGUUACGAUGCCUUGAUCCACAAACCUUCGCCUCCAUGGCUCUGAUGAGCACGGUUGGCUACAUACGGUGCGAAAGAAGUUCAACAUACAUACAUACAUGGCUGGAUUAUAAGCGUGCACCACUACGGCCUGACAGUUCAGCAACUGUUCUAAGUGUACAUCCUCUGGUGUAGUAUCCAAUUGUGUCGUCUGACAAAUUUGUAGACUAUGGAAAUGCAUUUGACUCGGUUAAAACUGACAGUCCUUCAGGCUGCGACAAAUCAAAGCAUAAAAUAAAUGUCUUUUCAAAGCAUUUAACAGAUGCACUGAGAUAUGAUAUAGAAAGUAACAGAGUACACAUCAACGGAGUAGUCACACGAGGAGUUGCAUUCGCCAAAGUAAUUUCGCAUUGACUUUAGAUUUUUUUGGGGAAAAAUUCGGUUGUAGAAAAAGCUAAAAAUAUUAUUUGAUACAAAUAUUAACCAUCUUAUAUUUGCUGAUGACAUGGAAGUAACAGGAAAUUAUAUAAGCACGCUAUAAAUACGGCUGAAAAGUGGUACCUAAUAUGAGCUAAAUUUGCCCCGUGUGCACAUUACCAUGCAUUUAUAUGAACAGGGUAUUCAUAAAACGAUGCUUUAGGUUUCAUUACAUGUGUUUCUUAAAAUAAUACACAAGUAGCUUGAAAUCAUCACUGAUAAAACACAAUGAGUGGGAGUAUAUAACUAUGCAAAAUAACGCAAUGUGCGAGCUACCUCCAGUAUCUGCCGGCAGCUUUUUCACGAAAACAUAAACUGCUCUGUGCUAUACGCCAACUUGUUCACUAUUUCCUGUGUCAACGUCUGUGUUCACUACGUUUUGUGUCAUCAAGAAAGAGUCGUGAAUUAGGUAUAUAGCACAGAGCAGCGUGUGUUUUUGGUGUUACGAUUAACGCAGUUGGCUACGUACCUUACAAAAGAAGUUUAAGAUACGAAAAGCUGAUAGCGUAUGCUGGAGGCACCCACUUUGCAUUAUCAAAAACUCCCAAACUCCUUUGUAUUUUGUAAGCUACGAUUUCCAAUUGUAUGUGUAUUGUAGGAAUUGCAUGUGAUGCAAUCUAGACCGUCUUUUUCGUCUUAAGACUAUGUACAUUCUAAAUACACCGUUUGAUAACCUCAAGUCGUUCAUUUCAUGUGGCAUGUUUUAUUUAAUUACCUAACCUACAUUUUAUAACGAACCCCUUCGUGUCGACACAUAUGACUUGAUCGUGCUUGUCAGCCAAUGUGUGUGUAUGUAUGUUGAACUUCUUUCGCACCGUACGUAGCCAAGCGUGGGGAGG